GUCCAUGAGACCUCCGCUUCUCCGCGCCCUGUAGGAGAGACCGUCGCGGGCAGGUUCCGAGCCCUCCGGACCAUCCGCAGGGAACCGAACCUGAGCGCGGGGCCAGGCUGCGGCCGGCGAGACGGCGGAGAGGAAGGUGAAAUGGCGAGGAAUUUGUCAGUAAUCUUAAUCCUGACCUUCACCCUUUCAGUUACAAAUUCCCUUCGUGAACUAGAAUCAGCUGCUACUUUUCCUCAGACCACUGAGAAAAUUAAUCCAAAUUGGGAAUCUGGCAUUAAUGUUGACUUGGCAGUUACCACACAGCGACAUCAUCUACAACAGCUUUUCUACCGCUAUGGAGAAAAUAAUUCCUUGUCAGUUGAAGGGUUCAGAAAAUUGCUGCAGAAUAUAGGCAUAGAUAAAAUCAAAAGAAUUCAUAUACACCAUGACCGAGAGCAUCACUUUGACCACGAGCAUCAUUCUGACCACGAUCGUCACUCUCACCAUAAUCAUGCUGCAUCCAAUAAAAAUAAUCGGAAGACUCCUUGCCCAGAUCAUGAGUCUGAUAGUUCAGGUAAAGAGCCUAGAAACAGCCAGGGGAAAGGAUCUCACCGAGCAGAACACACCAGUGGUAGAAGGAAUGCCAAGGAGAGUGUUAGUGCUAGUGAAGUGACUUCAACUGUGUACACUGCUGUCUCUGAAGGAACUCACUAUCUGGAAACAAUUGAGACUCCAAAACCUGGAAAACUCCCCAAAGAUAUUAGCAAUUCCACUCCACCCAGUAUCACAGAAAAGAGCUGGGUAAGCCGGCUAGUUGGUAGGAAAACAAAUGAAUCUGUGAGUGAGCCCCGCAAAGACUUUAUGUAUUCCAGAAACACAAAUGAAAAUACUCAGGAGUGUUUCAAUGCAUCAAAACUACUUACAUCUCAUGGCAUGAGCAUCCAGGUGCCACUGAAUGCGACAGAGUUCAGCUAUCUCUGCCCAGCCAUCAUCAAUCAAAUUGAUGCCAGAUCUUGUCUGAUUCAUACAACAAGUGAAAAGAAGGCUGAAAUCCCUCCAAAGACCUAUUCUUUACAAAUAGCCUGGGUUGGUGGCUUCAUAGCCAUUUCCAUCAUUAGUUUCCUAUCUUUGCUGGGAGUUAUCUUAGUGCCUCUCAUGAAUCGAGUGUUUUUCAAAUUUCUCCUAAGUUUCCUUGUGGCAUUAGCUGUUGGGACUUUAAGCGGCGAUGCUUUUUUGCACCUUCUUCCACAUUCUCAUGCAAGUCACCAUCAUAGUCAUAGCCAUGAAGAACCUGCAAUAGAAAUGAAAAGAGGACCACUCUUCAGUCAUCUGUCUUCUCAAAACAUAGAAGAAAGUACCUAUUUUGAUUCCACUUGGAAGGGUCUGACAGCACUAGGAGGCUUGUAUUUCAUGUUUCUUGUUGAACAUCUACUCACAUUGAUCAAACAAUUUAAAGAUAAGAAGAAAAAGAAUCAAAAAAAACCUGAAAAUGAUGAUGAGGUGGAGAUUAAGAAGCAAUUGUCCAAGUAUGACUCUCAACUUUCAACAAAUGAGGAGAAAGUAGAUACAGAUGAUCGACCUGAAGGGUAUUUACGAGCAGACUUACAAGAAUCCUCCCACUUUGAUUCUCAGCAGCCGGCAGUCUUGGAAGAAGAAGAAGUCAUGAUAGCUCAUGCUCAUCCACAAGACGUCUACAAUGAAUAUGUACCUCGAGGGUGCAAGAAUAAAUGCCAUUCACAUUUCCAUGACACACUCGGCCAGUCAGAUGAUCUCAUCCACCACCAUCAUGACUACCAUCAUAUUCUCCAUCACCACCACCACCAAAACCACCACCCUCACAGUCACAGUCAGCGCUACUCUCGGGAGGAGCUGAAAGAUGCCGGCAUUGCCACAUUGGCCUGGAUGGUGAUAAUGGGUGAUGGCCUGCAUAAUUUCAGUGAUGGCCUUGCAAUUGGUGCUGCUUUUACUGAGGGUUUAUCAAGUGGUUUAAGUACUUCUGUUGCUGUGUUUUGUCACGAGUUACCUCACGAAUUAGGUGACUUUGCUGUUUUACUAAAGGCUGGCAUGACUGUUAAGCAGGCUGUCCUUUAUAAUGCUUUGUCAGCCAUGCUGGCAUAUCUUGGAAUGGCAACAGGAAUCUUCAUUGGUCAUUAUGCUGAAAAUGUUUCUAUGUGGAUAUUUGCACUUACUGCUGGCUUAUUUAUGUAUGUCGCUCUAGUUGAUAUGGUACCUGAAAUGCUGCACAAUGAUGCUAGUGACCACGGAUGCAGCCGCUGGGGAUAUUUCUUUUUACAGAAUGCUGGAAUACUUUUAGGUUUUGGAAUUAUGUUACUUAUUUCUGUAUUUGAACAUAAGAUUGUGUUUCGUAUAAAUUUCUAGUUAGGAUAUAAAUGCUAGAGUAGAUUUUAAAAUUGCUGUCAUAGUUUGAAUAGGUCAUAGGGAGUUGAGUUUGUAUGCUGUGAUAUGCAGCAUUUAAAGUUAGUGGAUUUUGUGAUUUUUGUAUUGAAUAUUGCCAUCUGUUAUAAGGUCAAUUAUGAUGGUAUUGUAAAGGUACUUUUUAAUGUUUAAGUUAUUGUAUUUUGGAAGUGUAAGCUAUAUGUGCAAUUUACCCACUAUUACCAGUCUAUUACAUAAACAAGGGAUUUGGCAUGACAUGUUCUAUAUAUGUCAAGAAAAAUGUCCUUAAUACUUUUCCUAGAAUUAAUUUAAUGCAGUAAUUCUUAUGCUGGACUGUAAGCAGCUGAAGAACUGCUGGUGUUUAGAAGUAAAAAUAUGAGAAUAUCCACGAAGCCUAAGAUACCCAUAAAGCUAAGGAACAAGGGGGAAAAGAGAAGAAUCUGAGAAUUGAGGAGACGUAGAUUUCUUAUAAAAUCACAAAGUUCAUUAUAAGUUAGAGAAGGAAAAUUUAGAUGUAAAUUUUAAAAGGCAGAAUUAGUAUAGAGUACCUUCAUAGACAUUUUUCAUCAGAGUAUUAAUGUUCCUGUAAAAAGCACUUUUCAUGUACUAAUUUAGUUGUACAUUUAACUUUGUAUAAUACAUAAGUCUAAAUAUAUUUAAUGAAUUCAGGCAACAUAUCACUUGACCAAGAAAUUGGAUUUUUAAAUAUUUGUGCAGAGAUAUACCAGAUGAAUGUAGUGAGUAAUCUUACAUAAAACCAGAAGAAUUGGUUAUUGCCAAAUUAUGUAUCACCAAAAGUUAUAUGAUUGGACAUUCUGGUUAUCUGGUUUGCCAAGUGUCAGAGUAGUACAUCUUUGUUGUAUAUGAAGACAUUAAAACUACUUGAGUGUAAUUUGAUUUCUUAGAUUCAGAAAGUACUUUCGUGUCUGUCAGUGCUCCAGUUUGUCAUUGUGAGCAGUUGUCAUUUUAUGUACAGUAUGGUGGACAGAUUAGGGCUGUCUGUGGCAUUCUCUAGAUGUUUCUUUUUUACAAAAUAAAUUCCUCAUGUCAGUUCAAUGUAAGAUGUCUGGUUUUUUGU